AUGGCGCUUACACAGUCAGACCAGAACAGAAUCGAUGAUGACGUCCUUGAAUCACUGGCCUUCCCUGAGAUGCUAGAUCGGCGAGACAACAUCGAACAACGUCAUAGAACGACAUGCGAGUGGAUCUUGGAGCUGGAAGAAUAUAAGUCCUGGAAGAGCAACUCUCACGGUCUGCUGUGGAUUAAGGGCAAGCCUGGCGCAGGUAAAUCGACACUGAUGGCUUACCUGCAUGACGAGGUAUGGGAGUCACAGGACAGUGGCAAUGGAAACGGCAUCCAGCUUGACUUUUUCUUCACUGCUCGAGGAACGGACUUGCAGCGCAGACCAUUAGGUAUGCUCAGAUCGCUGUUGAACCAAAUUUUCCGCAGCGAUGAAGCCGUGCGACCUCCCUUGCGCGAGUUCUACUUGGAUCGAAGCAAGAAGGUUGGUAACGCGCAUAACUGGAAAUGGCCCCAGAUCCGGCUCGAAAGAUUAUUAGUAGAAGCAAUCUUGGGAUCGGCCAGCCGUCAGCCCGUAACCGUUUUCGUUGAUGCCCUGGAUGAGGCUGGUGGCGAGGCUGCUCAGCAGCUAGCAGACUAUUUCUACCGCCUCAAUGAUGCGGCAGGGUCCAAAUCCGCCGUCAAGAUUUGCAUCUCAUCCCGACAUUAUCCAAUCGUCAAUAGUCCCGGGGCCAGGGAGAUAAUUGUUGAGGAGCAUAAUCACGAGGACAUUUCCACCUACAUCAAUGACAAAAUCUCUGAGACCUCAAUCAUCUCCCACGCUCCUGAUCAAGAAGCUUGGAGGAGUCUACGGAAGUUGUUGAUCCAGCGCACAGAGGCAGUGUUUCAAUGGGCCCAUACCAUCAUUCCUCUUGUCCAGCGAAAACUUUCCGAUGGACAUUCUCCUAAGGAUAUCUGUCGCUGGUUACCCGACGUCCCAGCUGACUUGGGGAACAUGUACAAAUACAUACUGGAGUGGGUUAUAGAUCCUUCAGAGCGGCCCCAGGUGUUCCUAUUUUUUCAGUGGGUAUCACUAGCUGAGCGGCCAUUGAGCGUGACGGAGAUACGUUAUGCCUUGGCAAUGAAGGAUGCCAAGAUGACACAACACCGAAUACAAUGGGAGAAGAUUGAGGAUUUUGUCGAAUCCAACGAGAGUAUGAAGUGUAGGAUCAAGGCGCUUUCCGCCGGACUUGCCGAAGUAACGUCGGGCCAGGAAGGUGGCGAGACUAUACAGGUCGUCCAUCAAUCAGUCGGUGACUUCUUACGCACAGAAGGGCUUGCCAUCUUAAGUGGACUUGCCGCUGCUCAUACGUCACCUCUGAACGGCGAAGAUAUCAUCCUUCAGAGCCAAGCAACGCUCUAUCACUCUUGUUUAGUGUACUUUGCUAGAGAGGGGUUACCAAACAGUGAGCGCAAUCGUUCACAUGGCGAUGUGUCUGAUUUGUUCACAGAGCGACCAUUGCUUGACUAUGCGACCUGUUAUAUUUUUGUCCAUGCAGAAAAGGCUGGCAAGUGUCGUGCGAAAAAGAUACAUACUGAGGUACAACAACUGGAGCAGUUGAUUGAUCGAUGGGUCCAUCUCUACUUCAUACUGAACCGACACGAGACAGAGUUCCCGCUACCAGGAACCACUCUCAUUCAUCUCGCUGCAACGGCUAACCUAGUUGAUCGUACACCUCUGUUAUGGGCAGCACGUCUUGGCCGGUUGGAAUUCGUCAAGUGGCUUUUGCAAAGCGGGGCAAAUGUGAAUACGCGAACGAGUGCUGGAUGUGCCCUGCAGGUAGCUUCAGAGGCAGGACACGAGGACAUGGUGCAACUGCUACUAGAAGCUGGAGCAGACGUCAAUAUCCGGAGUGGCCCCAACCUCAACGCCCUAAUAGACGCCGCAUCUGUUGGAAACGCCGAGAUAGUGCAAAUCCUCCUCGCCGCUAACGCCGAUGUCAAUGCUCAGAGUAGUUAUUAUGGUAGCGCUCUGCAAGCUAGUUUGAUAGCAGGUAGUUUGGAGACUACCAAAAUACUACUUGCUGCCGGUGCCGACGUCAAUGCUGAAGGGGGAUUUCAUGGCAAUCCUCUGCAAGCUGCUUCAGAUAGAGGGAGCACCGAGAUGGUUGAAAUACUACUUGCUGCUGGUGCCAACAUCCAUUUCCAGGGCGGGAGAUAUGGCAGUGCUUUACAAGCUGCUUCACGCUCGUGGAACGCCGAGAAAGCACAGAUACUACUUGCUGCUGGUGCCGACGUCAAUUCCCAGGGUGGAAUUUAUGGUAAUGCUCUACAAGCUGCUUCGUCGGCGGGAAAACCAGAGACAGUCCGAAUCCUACUUGCUGCCGGUGCCGAGGUCAAUUCCCAGGGUGGAAAACAUAGCAAUGCUCUGCAGGCUGCUAUACAUAUAGGGAGCACCGAAACAAUACAAAUGCUACUUGCUGCCGGUGCCGACGUCAAUUACCAGGGCGGAGAAUAUGGCAAUGCUUUACAGGCUGCUUCAUGUAUGAGGAGCGCCGAGAAAGUAAAAAUACUACUUGCUGCCGGUGUCAACGUCAAUUCCCAGGGCGGGAUAUAUGGCAGUGCUUUACAGGGUGCUUCAUAUAUGAGGAGCGCCGAGAAAGUAGAAAUACUACUUGCUGCCGGUGCCGACGUCAAUUCCCAGGGUGGAGAAUAUGGCAAUGCUCUACAGGCUGCUUCAUCGGCGGGGGAAUCCAAGAUAGUCCGAACUCUACUUACUGCCGGCGCCGACGUCAAUUCCCAGGGUGGAAAAUAUGGCAAUGCUCUGCAAGCUGCUUCAUCGGUGGGGAAACCCGAGAUAGUCCGAAUGCUCCUCAAUGCCGGCGCCAAUGUCAAUGCCAAAGGGGGCUACUAUGGUAGCGCUCUAGAGGCCGCUUCAUCAUGCAGCAAUGCUGAAAUUGUACAAGUGCUCCUCGAUGCUGGCGCCAAUGUUAUUACCAAGGAAGCCGCUCCAUUUGGUCAAAGUUCCAAAGAUAGGUCUACAGCGGCUUCGAAAUGUUUGGUCUGUUGA